CUCCGAUGAAGUGCUGAGAUAAUGAUGCAUGUCAGCGGCAGGCGUAGUAUGUUGAGAACCCGCUCGAAAAGCACACGUAUCUACUUAUUAAGCGCGAUGUCGGAGGCUCCGGCGCCCUGCGUGUGCGACCUGACGCUGAUCAUGCGCGCGCGGCUGCUGUGCGGGCUGUACAGCAGCCGCGCCGUGCCGGCGCGCUGGCGGUCCCUCGCGAGAGCAUAUUGUAUCACUCUGGCCUUUGUCUCAGCAUGCUUCAUCUAUAUCGUGAUUCGUUACUACGCCUCUCGAAUAUUUUGGCUAAUUCUACCGGCAUACGGCCUAUACUAUAUUUCUGCGUUCUAUGCACUCUGGACUGAAGACGAUUACAUUUACAAAUUCUUUACCCAGAAUAAAUUGACUGAUGUCACGUUGGACUCACCAAGGAUUUUCAACCGUUUGCAGAGGCAGAUGCAUCAAGCGUAUAUUUCUGUGUUUCUGUUUCAAUUUGCAUAUACGGGUGUGCAAAUCUUAUCUUUUCCCGAAAAUACUAUUUUAUCAGUAGUAAUAAUUACUACAUCGAGUAUUUGUGAGCUAUUAGUAGUAUGUUCGGAUUUAACGAAGAUGCUGGUGAUAGCGCUGUUCGACGCGCGACUACUGGUGCUGAAGAGGCGGCUGCAGAGGUACGGGUUCCGGUGCGUGGGCCGCGCGCGCCUGCAGCCCUACUGCCACAUCUACCACCAAAUCAUACAGGGACUCGAUGAUACCGACAAUCCGCUUAAAUUAAUGCUAUUGCUAGACUGGGUUUGCAGCUGCUGCAAGAUAACAGCCGCCUCUGCUUAUUUCUAUUACUUAUUCUCAAUUGGAGCGCAGGACUUUCAAUAUAACGUGACGGCGGCACGCAUUCUGUUCGCAUUAAUGGGAGCGAUCAUUCUAGUGUAUAUCAGUUUCGGUCACGUGGCGCUGCUAGAGUCGGCCGCCGCGCACUGCGAGGAUAUGGCCGUAUACACAGCCACGGAGCUCAUCAAGACACCCACGGCGGAGGAACGACAACAGAUGCACGCGUUCUUGGGCGCGCUGGAGCAGCGCGGCGCGCGCUACUCCGUGCUGCGCGCGCUACCACUCAACGCGCGCUUCGUGUUGAGCGCGCUUCACUUCUGCUCCGCGCAAAUAAUUAUUAUCAUUAGCAUAAUGCGAAAAGAUACAACAUUCUAAAUAAAUAUCUGCGGACAUCGGAUAAUCUAUAAAAUUUAUAUAGGUAAUUUAAAAAUAAUUGCCAAGGAUUGAAGACUAAAAUAAAUUUUGGCAAAAAUUUCAUUUUUGGUGCAAGCUUUUAUCGCUAAUUGUACUUUUCAUGGUAAUUAGUUACCGAGAACUCAUCGAGAUAAUUCUAACCACCCCAAACACAAUUCGUAUGCGUUGUUUUAUCAGUUUCAUCCCAGAGUUCCCAUGGCCACUUCCUGUCUGCAUCAUCAGAUCAGCUACAUUUCAUCGUAAUAUCGCAUUGUUAUCCGAUUUACAUAUGCAUGCAAAUGUAGCUUCCAAGAUUAAUUUGACCCGCACUAAAAUACAUACUAACAUUACUAACAGGGCAAGUUAAAUAAAACAAGUUAAUACAAAUCACAAAAGGUCAAAAUGUAAAAAUAAUGUGACCUGCGGCUGUAGCACGGUCGCAUUUUCAUCACUUGUCACAAUGCUUGUCACUUUCGCACUUACAUACUUGUUAGAACGUGACAGGCAUAGUGACAAGUGAUAAGAAUGCGACCGUACUAAAGUCGCAGCUUUUCUAGUGCUGCCUUUGAUUCUGUUUGUGGUGUAUUUUUAAAUAACCGACAAAAUAAAAUUGUUCAAAAUGUUUCAUUUUAGGAUAUUUUUGGCUGUACCUAAUUAAUAAAGUUUGUAUAUUUUUGCAUAGGGUUAUUACUGCAAUGUCCUGCUGUUAGGGUGCAGCACUAGCACUUGUUCUUGUGUAUAUGUCAUUGCAAAACACCGAUUGAAUACCAAUGUAGGCCAAUGUAUAAAAUAAUUACUUCACAACCACGUAAAAAAAUAUUUUUUUAUGAUAUAACCGGUAUUAGUUUAUUGGCGGUGGUGCAAAUCUAAAUAAAGAACAUAAAUUCAAAAUUUAAAAACUAAUCGCUUGAAUAGAUCUCGAAAAAUAAAUACAUUUUACCAAUAUCAAUUUAAACUAAUGGGUAAAAAAAUCACAAACAUAAACAGGGUCGAUAUUGAUCACUUGCUUUAGCCAACAUGUUUUGUGAAAUUUAGCUCUUCAUUUUAAGGCCCUGCAUCGAAAAAUAACGGGAUCUUUGAAGCGUGGCAGUGGCUAGCCCCGGAAACAAACAGACGUGAUUUUCGGAUAUAUGUAUCUUGACUAUAUGAUAAGAGGUAUGAUACUAGUCGAAACAAAAAGGCUUAAAAUUUUCUCGAUAGAAUAUAAAUCCAAAGUUACAUCUACAUUUUUAGUGUUUACCUCAGUGCAACUAGAAAACACAUCUUCAUCCAGCAUAAUCCACUUUAAAGUAAAGGUUUUCAUCUCGUCUUAAACAUCAUUCAACUAAAUAUUAACUUAUUAUCUUAUACAAACGGAUUUAUUCUCGUUUUUGAUUUUAUGAAUUCAACAGAAAACGCCCAUUUUACGCAGUUCGACUUCUCUUUUUGUCAUGCGUCAAAGUCAUAUAUGCGUCCUUUAUGCCAGUAAUGUUAGAUGGCCGUGGUGCCUCAAAGAGGUAAGACCUAUGUCAAAUCGCGCAGCGCUUCAAAUUACGUAAAAUCGACAUAUCCAAUAAACGUUGAGUCGUAGCUCUAUUAACUAGUAACGGAAUCCGAGGUCUACUACGAAUGGAGCUAUCUUUACAGGCCUAUACGUUACGCAUGUGUGCGUGUUUGCUUAGCUACGUCAAAGUCAAAUACUCUUUGAACAAUUACAACGGGUAAGGAAGUUUCGACAGCAUCUGUAAUGUAUCGGUAGCUGUGUCGUGUAGACACCAAAGAAAAAAUGCGAGACAUCUAUAGACCGAUCGAAUCUAAUCGUAACUUUUUGUUUUCUUUUUUUGUUACUAUAUAAUAUCUUUAUUGCUUAUUUUCUAUUUUAUUGUAAAAGUAAAUCUUGUCUGUCUUAUACAGAAAUAAGGUUAUUCUUUUAAAUAUGUGUAUUAAAAACAUAUUUUAAUGACA